GCCCUCUCCUGGCCGGUGGCCGCCCGUCCGCUGAGAGGAGGAGGAGGAGGAGGAGCCCCGCCGGCGCCGCGCAGGUGAGGUGCCCUCUGGCCAUGAGCCAUACGGGUUUCCGGCAUGGCAGUUUCCAGGGUGGCAGCAGCAGCGAUGAAGACCUGGUGGAGGUGGCAGGGGGAAUGCUGGACUUCUCCAUGGCGGAUGACGUCCCUCCUCUGGACAGGGAGAUGGCGGAAGGUUUCUCCUCGUACAACGGAGGGGGGAUGAACGGGCCCAGGCAGGUGAUGGACUUCCUGCAGGAGCCACUCCCGGGCGUGGGCACCUACGAAGACUUCAACACCAUCGACUGGGUGCGUGAGAAGUCUCGGGACCGCGACAGGCACCGAGAGAUUGCCAGUAGAAGCAAGGAGUCCGCCUGGGCCUUGGUGCACAGCAUCAGUGACGCUUUCUCGGGGUGGCUGUUGAUGCUGCUCAUCGGCUUGUGGGCAGGGGCGCUGGCCGGACUGAUUGACAUCACUGCCCACUGGAUGACAGACCUGAAGGAGGGCGUCUGCCUGAACGGCUUCUGGUACAACCACGAGCAUUGCUGCUGGAACUCGCCCCAGACCACCUUCCAGGACCGGGACAGAUGCCCCGAGUGGAGGACCUGGGCGCAGCUGCUGACUGACAGAGAGGAGGGGGGAGCCCUGGGCUACGUCCUGAACUACUUCCUGUACGUCCUCUGGGCGCUGCUCUUCUCCUUCCUGGCUGUCCUGCUUGUCCGCGGCUUUGCUCCCUACGCCUGCGGCUCGGGGAUCCCAGAGAUCAAAACCAUCCUCAGCGGCUUCAUCAUCCGGGGCUACCUGGGCAAGUGGACCCUGCUGAUCAAGACGGUCACCCUGGUGCUGGCCGUUUCAUCGGGCCUGAGCCUGGGCAAAGAGGGCCCCCUGGUCCAUGUCGCCUGCUGCUGCGGCAACAUCCUUUGCCACCUCUUCACCAAGUACCGGAAGAACGAAGCCAAGCGCCGGGAAGUGUUGUCGGCUGCUGCAGCCGCUGGCGUAUCAGUGGCCUUUGGCGCUCCCAUUGGAGGUGUCCUUUUCAGCCUGGAAGAGGUGAGCUACUACUUCCCGCUGAAGACCCUCUGGCGCUCCUUCUUCGCUGCGCUGGUAGCGGCCUUCACCCUACGCUCCAUCAACCCCUUUGGCAACAGCCGCCUGGUACUCUUCUACGUGGAGUUCCACAGCCCCUGGCACCUGCUGGAGCUGGCGCCCUUCGUCCUGCUGGGCAUCUUUGGGGGGCUCUGGGGGGCCUUCUUCAUCCGCAGCAACAUCGCCUGGUGCAGGCGGCGCAAGACCACCAAGCUGGGCCGCUACCCAGUGCUGGAGGUGCUGGGGGUGACGGCGCUGACGGCCCUGCUGGCCUUCCCCAACAAGUACACCCGCAUGAGCACCAGCGAGCUGAUCUCGGAGCUCUUCAAUGACUGCAGCCUCCUGGAUUCCUCCCAGCUCUGCGACUACCUCAGCACCAACAGCACCCAGGGCGACGACCUGCCCGACCGGGCGGCUGGGCCAGGCCUCCACGUGGCCACCUGGCAGCUGGUGCUGGCCCUCUUGCUGAAGAUCUUCAUCACCAUCUUCACUUUCGGCAUGAAGGUGCCCUCGGGCCUCUUCAUCCCCAGCAUGGCGGUGGGGGCCAUUGCGGGCCGGUUGCUGGGCGUGGGCAUGGAGCAGCUGGCCUACCACCACCACGACUGGCGGAUCUUCAAGGGCUGGUGCAGCCCUGGCGCCGACUGCAUCACGCCCGGCCUCUAUGCCAUGGUGGGGGCUGCCGCCUGCCUGGGUGGAGUGACCCGCAUGACUGUCUCCCUGGUGGUCAUCAUGUUUGAGCUCACGGGGGGCCUGGAGUACAUCGUGCCCCUGAUGGCGGCUGCCAUGACCAGCAAGUGGGUGGCCGAUGCCAUCGGCCGGGAGGGCAUCUAUGACGCCCACAUCCGCCUGAAUGGCUACCCCUUCCUGGAGGCCAAGGAGGAGUUCUCCCACAAGACCCUGGCCAUGGAUGUCAUGCGCCCCCGACGCAGCGACCCCGCCUUGACCGUGCUGACGCAGGACAGCAUGACGGUGGAGGAGGUGGAGGGCAUCAUCAACGAGACCACCUACAGCGGCUACCCCGUGGUGGUCUCCUGGGAGUCUCAGCGCCUCGUGGGCUUCGUCCUCAGGCGAGACCUGGCCAUCUCCAUUGAAAGUGCCCGGAAGAAGCAAGAAGGGAUUGUCAGCAGCUCGGUUAUUUAUUUCACCGACCACUGCCCCCCGCUGCCCCCCUGCUCGCCCUCCAUGCUCAAGCUGCGCAGCCUUCUGGACCUCAGCCCGUUCACUGUGACCGACCAAACCCCCAUGGAGAUCGUGGUGGACAUUUUCCGAAAACUGGGGCUGCGCCAGUGCCUGGUCACACACAACGGGAAGCUGCUAGGGAUUAUUACCAAAAAGGACGUCCUGAAGCACAUAGCCCAGAUGGCAAACCAGGACCCAGACUCCAUCUUGUUCAACUGAAGCCUGGAGGGGCGGGGCAGAGGUUUUACUUUGCCCCACGGACUUUGGCCGGAGGACUGAGCUUGGCCUCUCUUCACGGAAGAUCCAGAGCCGUCUCCAGUUUCUCCAGGCGGAGCAAGCGAUAAUCAUGU